AUGUCAAAACCCACAUCACCUCAUGAAAACCUCACCAAAUUUCGAUAUACAGACUUACUAGCAGAACCCAUUGCACGCCUUCUCUCACCAAUUAAAGGUUAUGAAGCUGCACCGCUCGUAUCACUCGAACAAGCCGUGACUUCUAUUGCAAUUUUUUUCGAUUGCAUUGAAGAAAAUGUAUGGAUUGUAAAAGAAAAUUCUAAAACUCCAUCAGAUGGUCUCAAUCAAGAUGAAUCUGUAGCAGUUCAUUUGUACACGAUGCAAUUUGAUUCAGAUCCAAGUUUCUAUCAACUUCUUAAUUUGACGCUUCGUGGUGAAAAUAGUGAUAAUUUCAAGCGAUGCUCGACUUUAUCACCACCAAUGCAAGAAGCUGUAAUUAAUAUCAUUCGAGAAGCUAUUGUUGAAGGAACGGAUGAAGAAGACAUCAAAUCAAUAAUUGUAAGUGAACUUAUUCAAUACUAUGGUGGAACCUGGUGGGUUCACAUAACUCCUACGCCAGAAACAUAG